GUCACUUUAGGAUAACCAUAAAAGUUACCUUGGGUAUAACUGUGCUACACUGAGGUUAUAGCUGUGACUGUAGCCUAGCCACAACGCUUCCAAAAGCAUUGUGCACCUGCAAAAGGUUUUGACUGUUGAUCUUUCCUGUUAAGCAGGCUGGCACAGAUCCGUAGACACUGUCGCUGUUCUAAGACCGUGGGAAAGAAACUGAGUUGGAGCACAGAGCCCAUACAAACAGUCUUGGUAGGUGGGGGAUAGUUUGCUGUGCACAGGUUAGGAGGGGCGAGCAUCAUGGUGUCCCUUCUGCAGGAGACCCUUCACGAACUCCAGUGCCAGUCUCCUGCCCCCAGCAAGGACUUCCACCACUUCACCAUCAGCAGCUCACAGGUAAUCUGGAGGACUUGGAGGAUUUCCUUUCGACCUGAUCAAGAAAAGAUUUCCCCAAAGGAGGUGAAGAAAUCCCACAAGGAAUUUUUGCUGGAUGAGCAGUUACAGAAGCAAGUGCAGAAUAUCUUUGGCAACAGCAUGCUGGAGUACACAGUUAAUUUAUGUCAAGGGCAUUAUGAUUUCCUAGUCCGAAUGCCUGAGAAUGUGAUUAUACGCAUACUGUCAUUUCUAGACGCCAAUGAUUUUCAACAGCUGUCAAAAACAUGCAAGAAGUUCCAGCAGUUAUGCAGCAGCGAAGAUGUUUGGGAGAGAGUUAAACUGUUCAGUGAUAAACAAGCUCUUGAUAAGAAGACGAUGACAUUCUCAGUUUUCAAGAAGCUAAUGAACUUCAAUCAAAAACCCAAGCAGAUGCAGAGAAGACAGAGCACUUUUUUUUAA